AUGGCAAGAUACAUGGGAAAGGAAAAAAAGAAACUCAGAAACAUAGAGAAAAAUAGGGGACAGUGGGAGAUAGUUCCCAUCCUCAGGGAGGAGAACACUAGAUCAGACACAAUAGCCAAGGCCGCAGCAGUGAAGAGCCAGCUAUAUGCGUCACACCAAAUGAAGGAUGGUAGAGAAACGCCCGCAGUAGAAGAGAAGCAGAUGUUACCAGACGCAGUACUCGACCCAUGGAUGCAGACAAUAGUGGCAUAUCCGGUAGAUGGAGUACUGCCAGAGGGGCGCACAGAGGCUGCUAAUCUGGUUCGAAUCUCCUUAUUAUAUUCUUUAAUUGAAAGGGUAUUGUACCGGACCUCAGUCGCACAUCCGUGGUCCAAGUGUAUAUCACUGGAAGAAGGAAGCUACGUCCUUAAAGAAAUUCAUGAAGGAGAGUGCGGAGCGCAUGAGGGCGCAGUCACCUUAUAUAGGAAGGCAAUGUUACAAGGCUUCUAUUGGCCGACCAUGAAGAAGGAUGCUGAAGAAAUGGUCAAGAAGUGCGAUAAGUGUCAGAGGUUCGGGUCACUUAUCAGAACCCCGGCAGUUUACCAAUCCACCAUUGGGAGUCCUUGGCCCUUCAUGAUAUGGGGAGUAGACAUAUUGGGGCCUUUUACCCCAACUAGAUGA